GGAGCGGAGCCCCGGUGGGGGCCGAGGCGGGAGCAGCGCCGCCGGGCUCCCGGGCUCCGACUCCUCCUCCCUCGGCGCCACCACAGCCGCCGCCCGCCCCGCCGGGUCCUAAAGCCGCGCGCCUCAAGAGGAUGGUGCGCCUGGCGGCCGAGCUGCUGCUGCUGCUGGGGUUGCUGCUACUCACGCUGCACAUCACGGUGCUGCGCGGCUCCGGAGCUGCAGACGGGUCGGACGCAGCCGCAGGCAACGCCAGCCAAGGCGAGCUGCAGAAUAACCUCAACUUGGAAAGUGACUCCACAUUGGAAACCAGCUUUUCUCUCUCCAAGGGAGCACCAGGAGAGCAUCCAGAGCACCAGGCUAAGCACCAGCCCUUCCCUAGACAGCACUUCCAAGAGACUGGGCACCCUUCACUGCAAAGAGAUGGCCCCAGAUCCUUUCUCCUGGAUCUACCAAACUUUCCAGAUCUUUCCAAAGUGGAUAUUAAUGGACAGAAUCCGAACAUCCAGGUCACCAUAGAGGUGGUCGACGGUCCUGACUCUGAAGCAGAUAAAGAUCAGCAUCCGGAGAAUAAGCCCAGCUGGUCAGUGCCGGCCCCCGACUGGCAGGCCUGGUGGCAGAGGUCCUUGUCCUUGGCCAGGACAAACAGUGGGGACCAGGACUACAAGUACGACAGUACCUCAGACGACAGCAACUCCCUCAACACCCCCAGGGGGUGGGACCGUCCGGCCCCAGGCCACCGGACUUUUGAAACCAAAGAGCAGCCAGAAUAUGAUUCCACAGACGGUGAAGGUGACUGGAGUCUCUGGUCUGUCUGCAGUGUCACCUGCGGGAAUGGCAACCAGAAACGGACCCGGUCUUGUGGCUAUGCCUGCACUGCGACAGAAUCAAGGACCUGCGACCGUCCAAACUGCCCAGGAAUUGAAGACACUUUCAGGACAGCCGCCACUGAAGUAAGUCUGCUUGCAGGAAGUGAGGAGUUUAAUGCCACCAAACUGUUUGAAGUUGACAUGGACAGCUGCGAGCGGUGGAUGAGCUGCAAAAGCGAGUUCUUGAAGAAGUACAUGCACAAGGUGCUCAACGACCUGCCCAGCUGCCCCUGCUCCUACCCAACCGAGGUGGCCUACAGCACGGCCGACGUCUUCGACCGCAUCAAGCGCAAGGACUUCCGCUGGAAGGACGCCAGCGGGCCCAAGGAGAAGCUGGAGAUCUACAAGCCCACGGCCCGGUACUGCAUCCGCUCCAUGCUGUCCCUGGAGAGCACCACGCUGGCCGCCCAGCACUGCUGCUAUGGCGACAACAUGCAGCUCAUCACCAGGGGCAAAGGGGCGGGGACCCCCAACCUCAUCAGCACCGAGUUCUCGGCGGAGCUGCACUACAAAGUGGACGUGCUGCCCUGGAUCAUCUGCAAGGGCGACUGGAGCAGGUACAACGAGGCCCGGCCGCCCAACAACGGGCAGAAGUGCGCGGAGAGCCCCUCGGACGAGGACUACGUCAAGCAGUUCCAGGAGGCCCGGGAGUACUGAGCUAUGGAGCAGGUGCAGCGGCGUCCCCUGCGCUUCAGCUACACAAACCGGCUGCGCGGAUCUGCCCGCUUGCGGCAGCGCCCUCCUGAUUCGCGGUCCUGGACGUUUGUAUACACCACAGGAGUAUUUUCAUGCGUUACACUAGGGGGUGUUCGCCAGGCCCGGGUGACUGCCAUGGGGAGCUGCCCCGGCCGUCUGCGAUGCCUCCUGCGCUCCUAAGAAGUCCUCCUGGGGCGACGUGGGCAGGAGGAGGGGCGGGGACAAAAAAGAAGCCAGCGGAAGAAGCUGGAGACCGUAGUGGGUGUGAUUCGAGUCCCACUGGCGUUUCCAAGAGAGGCAAAGGGGGAAAGAGACCAAGGUUGUAAACGUCAUAAGCAGUUUUUAUAUAUAACUUAUUUAAUACAAAUGUGACUUAAGCAUAAUCUUUUCUCUGGAGUUGUCAUCAUGAAACUAAUCACGUCUGUGAAAGUUUAGAAAGAAAGGGGCUUAGGAAUGUGGAAGAGAAAGGGAAUUUUGCAAUGAUUUCUUUAAAAAUAAAUAAUGCAAAAAAAAAUAAAUAAUGCAAUGGAAAUGUAUCACAUCAAGAAAACACCCACUUUAAACCAAAUGUUACUUAGUCAUAAGGCACCUUGCUGGAGUCUCAGAUUCCAAAUUUCUCUUGCCUCAAACUGGGUAGAGAGUGGGGCAUUUCAGGGGCAAAUGUGAGGCCUGCUUUUAAAAGGGCUUUAAAAUAAAAGACUAGCAUGGCAUAAUGCUAUGAUUCUACUAAAGAGCCCCAAAUAGUGGAAUUUCUACUCCUGUCUUUUAGAUUCAGAAGACUGCAGGAAAUUCAGACACAAAAACAGGGAAUAGCACUUUUCCAAAGGGGAAAAAAAAUGGGGAAAUAUAUGGACCUCUUUUAUCUAUUUUAUUUUAAUACCAUUUGAACAAUUUUUCACCAAGAUAUUCCCAAAAAAUAAAUGUAAAAAGGGGAGGGGCUUCAAGUCAGAGAAAUCCUAAUUCUUUUUUAUGUUUUAAGAAAGAAAAAAAACUGCAUUAUUUUAUAAAGUAUUUAUUGAGUCAUUGGGUAUUAUGCAUCAAGCAAUUGUAAUAUGACCUGGUUCUUUAGGUGGAACUUAGGAGAAAUAAAGAGUUGGUUCUUAUGCAAUCUUU